AUGACAAGAAUUGCAAUUAACGGUUUCGGUAGAAUUGGUAGAAUUGUGCUAAGAAAUGCUCUAUCCAGAAAGAGCAUUGACGUUGUCGCUGUCAAUGAUCCAUUCAUUCCAACUGACUAUGCAGCCUAUAUGUUCUUGUAUGAUACCACUCACGGUAGAUAUAAGGGAGAAGUUUCCCAUGAUGACAAGCACAUCAUCGUGGAAGGCCACAAGAUCGCUGUGUUCCAAGAGAGAGACCCAGCUAACUUACCAUGGGGUAAGUUAAACAUCGAUAUUGUCAUCGAGUCUACUGGUGUCUUCAAAGAGUUAGACACUUGCCAAACACACAUCGAUGCCGGUGCCAAGAAAGUUGUCAUUACUGCACCUUCGAAUACCUCGCCAAUGUUCGUUUGUGGUGUCAAUGAAGAGACAUACAAGGGUCAGAACAUUGUUUCGAAUGCUUCUUGUACCACAAACUGUUUGGCCCCAUUGGCCAAAGUUAUUAAUGAUGAAUUCGGUAUUGAGGAAGGUUUAAUGACCACUGUGCACUCUUUAACCGCUACCCAAAAGACUGUCGAUGGACCAUCACAUAAAGAUUGGAGAGGUGGUAGAACUGCCUCUGGUAACAUCAUUCCAGCAUCUACUGGUGCAGCCAAGGCUGUCGGCAAGGUUAUCCCUGAGUUACAAGGUAAAUUGACCGGUAUGGCUUUCAGAGUUCCAACUUUUGACGUUUCCGUCGUUGAUUUGACAGUAAAAUUGAAGAAAGAAACUUCGUAUGAUGAAAUCAAGAAAUUAAUCAAGAGUGUUGCUGAGGGUAAAUUGAAGGGUAUUAUUGGUUACACUGAAGAUGCUCUCGUCUCGUCUGACUUUAUUGGUGACACACGCUCUUCAAUUUUCGAUGCUACAGCAGGUAUUCAGUUGUCUCCAAAGUUUGUCAAACUUGUUUCCUGGUACGAUAAUGAAUUCGGUUACUCUGCAAGAGUUGUUGAUUUAGCUGAAUACGUUGCUAAGAAGUAA